AUGACCUUAAUAACCUCGACACUUCUUGUUUUGUUGUUACUCUCACUGACUCGGAGAGAAAAGAAAAAACAUACGCGAGAGAGUGAAGAAGCUCUGUUCUUUCUCUUCCAAAGUUCCGAAUCUACUGUAGCGGCAAGUGUGUUUAUGUUAGAGUAAUUUUAUAGAUCUAUUUAAAUAAGAUCGGUAUGGGUGAGGAAGGACCAGUGACUGAAGUUUCUAAGACUGAUUCAAAUGGAAGUAGCGUUCCGGUGAAAUCGUUAGGUGAAGUUGUUGAGAAGAAAGACUUGGGAGCUGAUGGAGGGAAAGUCUUGGAGAGUAAUGGAGUCAAAGAGGUGGAAGGAAAUAAUAUAAAAGAAGUUGAAGAAGAUAAGAAAGUUGAGGGUGUGGAAGAGGUACAAGAGGAUAAGAAAGCUGAUAUUGUGGAAGAAGUAAAAGAGGAUGUGAAAGAUGAUGUGGUGGGCGAAGUAAAAGAGGAUAAGAAAGCUAAUGGGGCUGAUGAGGUAAAAGAGGAUAAGAAAGAUGAUGGAGGGGAUGAUGAUAAGAAAGUUGACGUGGUAGAAGAAAUAAAAGAAGAUAAGAAAGAUGAUGGGGUGGAAGAAGUAAAAGAGGAUAAGAAAGAUGAAGGGGUGAAAGAAGUAAAAGAGGAUAAGAAAGAUGAUGGGGUGGAAGAAAGAAAAGAGGAGAAGAAAGAUGAUGAGGCUGAUGAAGUAAAAGAGGAGAAGAAAGAUGAUGGUGUGGAAGAAGUAAAAGAGGAGAAGAAAGAUGAUGAGGCUGAUGAAAUAAAAGAGGAGAAGAAAGAUGAUGGUGUGGAAGAAGUAAAAGAGGAUAAGGAAGUUGACGGUGGAGAAGUAAAGGUGGAAAAGAAAGAUAAUGAAAUCGAAGGGGGAGAAGUAAAAGAGGACAUGGAAGUUGAUAGUGUGAAAGAAGCAGUGGAGGAUAAGAAAGAUGACGUACAAGAAAUAGAAGAGGAUGACAAAAAUGUUACUGAAUCUGAGAAUGAGAAAAUGGAUGUUGAUGACGAGGUUAAGGAAACUACAGAAGGUAAAGAAGAAAAGGAAAAAAUAGAAGCUGAAAAAGCAGACUUGAUGGAAGUAGAGGGUAGCGUUGAGGAGAAGGACGAGGGUGAUGAAGAGGAAAAAACUGAAGCAGAGACAGAGGAGAAGGAAGAGGGUGAUGAACAGGAGAAAUCUGAUGCAGAAACAGAGAAGGAAGAGGGUGAUGAAAAGGAGAAAACUGAAGCUGAGACAGAGGAGGAGGAUGGCGAAGAUAAUAUUGAGAAACCAAAAGAAGAAGAUAAGGCAGGGGAUAGUAAGGGUGAGAAAGGAUCAAAAAAGCGUUCAAGAGGGAAGGUUAAUGAGGAGAAAGUGAAAGAUAAAAGAAAGGAACUGAAGCAGCCAGAGCCAAAGACUCCAACUAGUGAUCGCCCAGUGCGAGAAAGGAAAUCAGUUGAGAGGUUGGUGGCAUUAAUUGAUAAAGAUUCAUCCAAAGAAUUACAUAUUGAAAAGGGUCGUGGUACACCUUUAAAAGAUAUACCCAAUGUGUCAUUUAAGUUAUCUAGAAGGAAGACUGACGAUAGUCUCAAGUUGCUCCAUACAAUACUCUUUGGAAGGAGAGGGAAGGCAGUUCAGGUCAAGAGUAAUAUAUUGAGGUUUUCUGGUUUUGUAUGGCAUGAUAAUGAGGAGAAGCAAAUUAAUAAAGUAAGAGAAAAGCUGGACAGGUGUAAUAAAGAGAAGUUACUGGAAUUCUGUGAUUUUCUUGACAUAACAUUUAAUAAGUCAACAAUAAAAAAGGAAGAUGUUAUUGCUAAGCUGAUAGACUUUUUGGUUGCCCCUCAUGCAACUACAACUGUGCUACUUGCAGAAAAAGAGUCAAGUAAGAAGCGCAACCGUUCUGGAAAACGGGGUACACCAAGAUCUGGGACUAAUACUCCAAGAGGUUCUGCAAAGAGGCAGAAGAAAAAUGAAGAUUCUUCAGGAGUGGAGAAAAAGAGCACAACUGACACAGAAGAUGAAUCAGAGAGAGAAGAGAAAGAUGAAGAAAACGAGGAUGAAGCAGAAGAUGAUAUUCACGAGAAGUCUGAAGAUGAAAUACCAGAGAAAUCUGAAAGGGAAGAUAAAAGUGAUUCUGGGAGCGAAUCUGAAGAUGUGAAAAAAAAGAAAAAACCCUCUAAAAUAUCAUCUGAAAAGAAAGAGUCCUCUGGAAGAAGCAAAACUGGGAAAACUACAGUCACAAAUACAUCUCGCUCACCACCUAAGAGAACACCUAAGAAAUCAUCAAAUACCCGACCAAAGUCUGAUGAUGACAUUGAUGACAGUCCAAAGGUAUUCUCUAGGAAGAAGAAAAAUGAGCAAGGGGGAAAGCAGAAGAUACCAACUCCAACUCCAACCAAGUCUUCCUCUAAGUCGAAAGAGAAAACUGAAAAGGUUACUAAGGGAAAAGGCAAGAAGAAAGAGAAGUCCUCAGGUCCCAGUGACGAUCAGUUGCGCAAUGCAAUAUGUGACAUUCUUAAAGAAGUUGACUUCAAUACGGCCACAUUUACCGACAUUCUUAAGCUACUCGCUAAACAAUUUGAUGUGGAUCUCACCCCAAAAAAGGCAGAUAUUAAGCUCAUGAUUCAGAAAGAGCUGGAAAAACUAGCUGAAGAAGCAGAUGAAUCCGAGGAAGAUGAAGAGGAUGCCGAAAAAAAAUGAAGGCCGGUCUUCGGGCCAGAAGGCUUAAGCCUGACUGUGGAUUAGACAUUACUGCUUGGUGUUAGGUUUUUAGCAAUGCAUACUGUAAUUCUCAUGUACACUUUAAAUUGUGUAGAGGUGGCUGUACCUUAUUCUUAGUUCUUAACAUCCUUCCAAUCUUAAGAUAUCAAACUUGUAUUUUGCCAUAAUUUAGUGCUGCCUUUUGGUUGGGUGCCCGCAUGUAGUUUAUUAUGUACACAUCAUCACAAUUGUUGAGCCUUUUUUACUUUCUAGUUUCAACAAUCUGUCUAUUUAUAAAUAUUUAACAUUUAAGUUGACA